GUUUUUUCGUAAUGAAAAUUCUGUAUUGAGUUAUAUGUCUUCUUUCUUGCAGGCGCACCCAGAAGAGUUAGUCACCUAUGAUCCGGAGACUUUUCGCCCCCACCAUGAAUACUACCCCUAUCUCAGUGACAAUGAGAGCCACGUUUCCUUUUUAGAGCAUUAUUGGGAAUACCCAAUAUCUUCUCACCUACAUGGCGAUAUUGAUGGAUUCCCGGAUUCACAGCUCACAGAGCUACAGAGCGUACAACAACCGCAACUGCAGCAAUUGUACAGACACAUGGAAAUGGAACAAAUGCACGUCCUGGAGCCUGGACUGACCACACCACAUCCACACCUCCAACUCACACACCAGGUGUCUUAUGUACCCCGUGUAUGUGUGCAGUUCCAAUCUGCUGCACCACCCAGCUCGGAAGAUGAUGACCAUGAAAGACGAAGCCCCCCUCUGGAAGUGUCAGAUGGAGAGAUAGACCCCCGAGACACAAGUUAUGGGACACUUCUAGGAGAGCCAGGCAGUAAGAAAAAGAUCCGAUUAUACCAGUUCCUUUUAGAGCUGCUUCAGAGUGGAGACAUGAAAGAUAGCAUCUGGUGGGUAGAUAAAGACAAAGGGACAUUCCAGUUCUCCUCCAAGCACAAAGAAGCCCUAGCCCACCGCUGGGGUAUUCAGAAAGGCAACCGUAAAAAGAUGACCUAUCAGAAAAUGGCUAGAGCCCUGCGCAACUACGGCAAGACUGGAGAAGUACGGAAAGUCAAGAAGAAGCUGACCUAUCAGUUCAGUGGAGAGGUUCUGCAUAAAAUGUACAAUUCAAGAAAGCACUUUCAUCACUGA